ACGUGGAGCUUACAAAUAGGACGAUCAAAAUCAUCGUGCGACUUUCGAUGCUCUUCUGCUUGCACUUAAAGCUGUGAACGCCGAUGCUGUUCAGACAAAGCCAGGCACAAAAUUUUGUGAUGUUCAUAGCCUCCUUCCUCCCUGACGACCUCUCCUUCCUCUUUUUAAGCUUAUUUGGAUUCCAAAAUGAACAAGAGGGCCAGAUUUGAUGAUUCCAGCAAGGCAGUGGUUAAUUUCUUGAAGCGGGAGGUCGGCGAGAUUUCCACUCGCAGUUUUGCCAAUCGUCUUGGUGCGCUGGAGGAUUUCGUGCUCCGACUUGGUCUUCUCAGGAAGUUGGAAAGGCACGAAGGUUGUGUGAACACCGUGAGCUUUAAUGCUGCUGGUGACGUUUUAGUGUCAGGCUCUGAUGAUAAGCGGGUGAUUCUCUGGAAUUGGGAAGCCGGGAAGGUCAAGAUCUCUUUUCAAUCUGGUCAUAAUAACAAUGUUUUUCAAGCAAAAUUCAUGCCUUACACGGAUGACCGAAGCAUUGUGACUUGUGCUGCGGAUGGGCAGGUGAGACAUGCUCAGGUUUUGAAUGGUGGGCGUGUAGAAACUUCCCUACUUGGCAGUCAUCAAGGGCGAGCUCAUAAGUUGGCCAUUGAGCCUGGGAGCCCUUAUAUUUUUUAUACAUGUGGUGAAGAUGGAUUGGUGCAACGUUUUGAUCUAAGAACUGGGGCUGCCGUUGAGCUGUUCACUUGCCAAUCAGUUGGCAAUAGGGCAGGUUACAUGUCAACGGUUCAGCUAAAUGCAAUUGCUAUGGACCCUAGAAAUCCAAAUCUCGUUGUUGUUGCUGGUUCAGACGAGUAUGCACGGUUGUAUGAUAUUCGCAAAUGUGGGGGGGAAGGGUCGACUGAUUCUGGUAAACCUGCAGACUGCUAUUGCCCCCCUCACUUGAUUGGUGAUGAGCACGUGGGAAUAACAGGUCUAGCCUUCUCAGAGCUGAGUGAGCUCCUUGUCUCAUACAAUGAUGAAUAUAUUUAUCUUUUCAAUAGGGACAUGGGUUUGGGUCCAAACCCAAAUGCAGUAUCUCCAGUAUCUCUGGGUAGUGAUACAAGUGAAAUGGGAGCUGAAAAAGUUGUGAAUUGUACUCCACAAGUUUAUAAAGGACAUAGAAACUGUGAGACAGUUAAAGGUGUCAAUUUUUUUGGACCUAAAUGCGAGUAUGUGAUCAGUGGUUCUGAUUGUGGCAGAAUUUUUAUAUGGAGGAAAAAGGGUGGAGAGCUAAUCCGAGUCAUGAAAGCCGACGAGGAUGUUGUGAACUGCAUCGAGCCCCAUCCUCACAUGACCAUGCUUGCUAGUAGUGGAAUUGAAAGGGACGUCAAGAUAUGGACUCCUAAUUCCCGCCACAGGGCUACGCUUCCUGAGAAAAUUGAACAGAAUCCAAAGCCUAGAGGAUGGAUGCACCGGUUAGCGUUACCGGAGGAGGUGAUGAUGCAACUGUUUUCACUGCGAAGACGACGGAAUUCAAUCCCUGAAAGAGGAAGAGAAAACUCUACCCCAACCCCAAAUAGGGAUAUCUUAGAGUUGAUAAUGACAUUCAGCAAUUCCAACAGUGAUGGCCCUUCAGAUUACAACGCUGGUGAUGCUUCUGAAGAUUAGUGAUAUAAUUGAUAAUGUUUGUGCUUUACCUUGUGGCUUUAAAUUUGAAUAACGUGAUAGCUAAUUGUGUAUAAAAUAGGGAUGAGGCAUGAAUGCCAUUAUGAAUCAUAUCUACCAAAUUUCGUAUGAAUGUAUUAAUAGCUAAAAGCUCUGCUACCUUUCAUUA